AGCUCGGAAACUGCGUCUGAUUGUUCGAGAAAUGUGCGUUUCUUGAAACUGUCAGCCACUAAUCUUUGCUACCAUUGUGCUAUGAUAUGGACAAAUAUUGUACGCAGAUUUUGGCCAAACUAAUUCCAAGCCAAACAAUAAUUCGCCUAUUUUAAAUAAAAAAUAGUCAUCAAGGAGCCAGAGCAGUCUUUCCAAUCUGCGGCAUGGGUGUGAAAUUGUUCUUUCUGCUGAGCCUUGCGGCCUGCACAGCCCAAGCCAUCCAGCUGACCAAAGAAAACAACUUGGCUCAAGCGGCAGACCUGCAAAAGCAGCUGCAGUCUCUAACACACUCUGCUCUAUCGUUGGGCAGUGCAGAGGUGCGCCAGCACGUUCUCGAUGAGAUCAUCGAUAGCCCCAAGGCGGCGGUCUUAAGAGUUGCGCAACUGUUGCUCACAAAAUCCAAUGCCGAAGUAUCAGAAGUUCUGGACGAGUUCAAUGCAGGGCUUGGCUUCCAACUUCUGGUAAUCCAGGGCGAAUACGUUACUUUAGACGCUCUGGCCUUUGAGAAAAUGCUGUCGCAAAAGGCGAGUGCCAUUUCAAGAGCGCUCUAUCCGGACGAUUACUAUCAAUCGCUGAUUCUGUAUGGGGCGCUUCAGAAGAAGAUUCUGGCUCUCAGCCCGGAAAUGCGCACAGUGAUCCAAACAGCUAAGGUGCCAGUGAGUAAACUUUCCAAGGCUUUGACUACUCGAGGCUUUGCCAGAGGGGGUUUGAGUGAGAUCCAAGCGAAAAGCGUGCUGGACCAGUUGAUCAGUGCAGUGGAAAUCGCCGCUUGUAACGUGGUGGUCUCAGACAUCUACGAUCAAGUGAAUUCAACGUUGCAGAGCUGUAUCACUUAUCUGGGCACGAUUACUGUUGAGACUACCGAUAGUAGCAUCUGGGAGAGUAUUGUAGUUGUAGUCGUAAAUCUCGUGGUUGACUUGGGAGAAAGUUUGGUGGAAUACGCUAACAGUCUAGCCGCCUCAUAUGCCAGCUCCGUUUGCGAUGAUCUGUUCUCAUCUAGCAGCGACUCAGAUAGCAGGAAGAGGCGUGAUCUGAGCGCAGCAGUCGAUGUAGGGCAAGUGGCGCUGAUCAACCGGAACAUCUUAACAGAUUUAGUGGAUUUGGUUUGGCAACUGUUGGCUCCAAUUCUGAACAAUGUAGCCAAACUAGCUGUGCAAAUGGUCGCUGAUGCCGUCACAUCCGAAGUUGAUGGUAUAGUAAGCUCGGCCGUUUUAGCAGCCAACGAUUAUAUCGAUGAUAUUCUUAGUUAAGUUGUACGUUGAUUAAAUGUAGUUAGUUUCAAUAAACACAACCAAAGCUGGUG